AUGACAACAUCUCAAGUCAAAACUUCAAAUGUCGAAAUGAUUGUUGUAUCUUCCUCAGUUUCUCAACCAGAACUGAUUACUGUUUCUCUUCCAUUGGAAACAAAUUUUGAAACUACCCAGUCUCAAGGUAGGGAGGAUGUGAAUUUCAAGAUUCAGGAACUUCGGAAGGAUAUGAGCAAAGAGAUAGCAGUUGUGCAACAAGAUUAUGCUUCUCUUAAUCAAAAGAUGGACAUCAUUGCAGAUGCUGUGACAAAAUUUGUCAAACUGUAUGAAAUACUUGGCCAUAAGGUUGACCAAAUGUCAAAAGAUGAAGUUCAAAGCUUUUUAGAAAUCAACAAACUGUUGACUGAAUUAAAAGACUUCAUUUCGAAGCCAUAUUCCUCUCCUUUAAUCACUCCAGAAUUUGUGUCUCAAAAGUUCAUUCUCUUCGAAUCUGUUCUUCACAAACAAUUAACCCCAUUAUCUCAACUUGCCAAUAUUUUACCAACAAAAGCCCGCCUAUUGUCACAGGGGUGCAAUGGAGAGAAAGGAAGUAUGUUGGUGAAGGAGAUUCGCGAAAAACUAGUGAAAAAGCUAAAGCAAGUGUUAAAAGUCAUGGUGAUUGAGUCAGUUGGAGAAGGGAGUGCUUCGAAACCCAAAGAAAUCCCAACAAUACAAGAUAGAGGGAAAAAGGUUGUGGUGGAAAAAUCAAAAAAAGAAAGAAAGGCAAAGGUUGAGGCUGAGAUGGAAAGGCAUAGGCAUAUUUAA